CUGCUGCCGCCGCCGCCUCCUACGUCUUUCCCUUUGACAAGUCGCCGCUGCUGCAGCAAAAAUAAAGGACGCGGCCACCGCAGCCGCUGCCGAGCCGGGCUCGGGUCGCCGGAGCCGCGCCCCACCCCCGCCAGCUCUGGAGCCGCGUAUGAACUAAUGGCUGAAGAGUAAAUCAAAAUGGCAACUAUGGUUCCACCAGUGAAACUGAAAUGGCUUGAACACCUCAACAGCUCCUGGAUUACAGAGGACAGUGAAUCUAUUGCUACAAGAGAGGGGGUUGCUGUUCUGUAUUCUAAACUGGUCAGCAAUAAGGAAGUAGUACCUUUGCCCCAACAAGUUUUGUGCCUCAAAGGACCACAGUUGCCAGACUUUGAACGUGAGUCUCUUUCAAGUGAUGAACAGGACCACUAUUUGGAUGCCCUUCUUAGCAGUCAGCUAGCACUAGCGAAGAUGGUAUGUUCAGAUUCCCCAUUUGCUGGGGCACUUCGAAAAAGAUUGCUUGUACUCCAGCGUGUCUUCUAUGCACUUUCUAAUAAAUACCAUGAUAAAGGCAAAGUGAAACAGCAGCAGCAUUCUCCGGAGAGCAGCUCUGGUUCGGCAGAUGUCCAUUCUGUUAGUGAACGUCCCCGGUCAAGCACUGAUGCACUUAUAGAAAUGGGUGUUCGAACUGGUCUAAGUUUAUUAUUUGCACUUCUGAGACAAAGUUGGAUGAUGCCUGUGUCGGGACCUGGUCUCAGUCUUUGCAAUGACGUUAUUCAUACUGCAAUUGAAGUUGUGAGCUCUUUGCCACCAUUAUCUUUAGCAAAUGAAAGCAAGAUUCCACCUAUGGGCUUGGAUUGCUUAUCACAAGUAACAACAUUUCUUAAAGGAGUAACUAUUCCCAAUUCUGGAGCAGACACUUUAGGUCGUAGAUUAGCUUCUGAGUUGCUGCUUGGUUUAGCAGCUCAGCGAGGUUCUUUGCGGUAUCUCCUUGAAUGGAUAGAAAUGGCCUUAGGGGCUUCAGCAGUUGUAAAUUCCAUGGAGAAAAGCAAACUACUAUCAAGCCAGGAAGGGAUGAUCAGCUUUGACUGCUUUAUGACUAUAUUAAUGCAGAUGAGACGUUCUUUGAGUUCAUCUGCUGAUCGGAGUCAGUGGAGGGAACCACCCAGAACAUCUGAUGGCUUGUGCUCACUCUAUGAGGCAGCUUUAUGUCUCUUUGAAGAGGUUUGCAGAAUGGCGUCUGAUUACUCAAGAACGUGUGCUAGCCCAGAUAGCAUUCAGACUGGUGAUGCUCCCAUUGUUUCAGAAACCUGUGAGGUUUAUGUUUGGGGGAGCAAUAGCAGCCAUCAGUUGGUAGAAGGCACACAGGAGAAAAUAUUACAGCCCAAACUGGCUCCUAGUUUCUCUGACGCGCAGACUAUUGAAGCUGGACAAUACUGCACUUUUGUCAUUUCUACGGAUGGCUCUGUCAGAGCUUGUGGUAAAGGCAGCUAUGGGAGACUGGGCCUUGGAGAUUCUAAUAAUCAGUCUACUUUAAAAAAGUUAACAUUUGAGCCUCACAGGUCCAUUAAAAAGGUCUCAUCUUCUAAAGGAUCUGAUGGUCAUACUUUAGCUUUCACUACAGAAGGAGAAGUCUUCAGCUGGGGAGAUGGUGAUUAUGGGAAGCUGGGACAUGGAAAUAGUUCAACACAGAAAUAUCCCAAGCUUAUUCAGGGCCCUCUGCAGGGAAAGGUAGUUGUUUGUGUGUCAGCUGGAUACAGACAUAGUGCUGCUGUCACAGAGGAUGGUGAAUUAUACACAUGGGGUGAAGGAGACUUUGGAAGAUUAGGUCACGGUGACAGUAAUAGCCGUAACAUUCCAACGUUAGUAAAAGACAUUAGCAAUGUAGGAGAGGUUUCUUGUGGCAGUUCACAUACUAUUGCUUUAUCUAAAGAUGGGAGAACUGUAUGGUCUUUUGGAGGAGGAGACAAUGGCAAACUUGGCCAUGGUGAUACCAACAGAGUGUAUAAACCUAAAGUUAUUGAAGCUUUACAAGGAAUGUUCAUUCGCAAAGUUUGUGCUGGAAGUCAGUCUUCACUUGCUUUGACAUCAACAGGGCAGGUCUAUGCUUGGGGCUGUGGCGCUUGUCUAGGUUGUGGUUCUUCAGAAGCUACUGCACUGAGACCCAAGCUUAUUGAAGAACUGGCUGCCACAAGAGUAGUUGAUAUUUCUAUUGGAGACAGUCAUUGUUUGGCUCUUUCUCAUGAUAAUGAAGUUUAUGCCUGGGGCAAUAACUCAAUGGGGCAGUGUGGGCAAGGAAAUUCCACGGGUCCUAUUACUAAACCAAAGAAAGUGAGUGGCUUAGAUGGCAUAGCUAUUCAACAGAUCUCCGCUGGAACAUCACAUAGUCUGGCAUGGACUGCUCUUCCUAGGGACAGACAAGUUGUUGCCUGGCACCGACCUUAUUGUGUAGACCUUGAAGAGAGUACCUUCUCACACCUUCGUUCAUUUCUUGAGAGAUACUGUGAUAAAAUAAACAGUGAGAUUCCCCCGCUCCCUUUCCCUUCAUCAAGGGAACACCACAAUUUCCUCAAGCUGUGCCUGAAGCUGCUUUCAAAUCACCUUGCUCUUGCGCUUGCGGGAGGGGUAGCUACCAGCAUUCUUGGGAGACAGGCAGGUCCGCUUCGAAAUUUACUCUUCAGACUGAUGGACUCAACUGUCCCAGAUGAAAUCCAAGAGGUGGUAAUUGAAACUCUGUCAGUGGGAGCAACCAUGCUGUUACCUCCAUUACGAGAACGUAUGGAAUUACUUCAUUCUCUUUUACCCCAAGGACCUGAUAGAUGGGAAAGCUUAUCUAAAGGACAGAGAAUGCAACUGGAUAUUAUUCUAACAAGUUUGCAAGAUCAUACCCAUGUAGCCUCCUUACUUGGCUAUAGCUCACCCUCCGAUGCUGCUGACCUCUCUUCUGUAUGUACUGGCUAUGGAAACCUGUCGGAUCAACCUUAUGGCACGCAGAGCUGCCAUCCAGACACCCAUCUGGCUGAAAUUUUAAUGAAGACUCUCUUAAGAAAUUUAGGAUUUUAUACAGAUCAAGCAUUUGGGGAGCUAGAAAAGAAUAGUGAUAAAUUUCUACUUGGAACAUCGUCUUCAGAGAACAGUCAGCCUGCUCAUCUUCAUGAACUGCUGUGUUCACUGCAGAAACAGCUGCUGGCAUUUUGCCAUAUCAAUAACAUUAGUGAGAACUCAAGCAGUGUGGCAUUGCUUCAUAAACAUCUUCAGCUCUUGUUGCCUCAUGCCACAGAUAUUUAUUCACGUUCUGCAAAUUUGCUCAAAGAAAGUCCUUGGAAUGGCAGCGUUGGAGAAAAAUUAAGAGAUGUGAUAUACGUCUCAGCUGCAGGCAGUAUGCUCUGCCAGAUUGUUAACUCCCUACUGUUACUCCCAGUGUCGGUGGCUCGGCCUUUAUUGAGUUACCUCCUCGACUUGUUGCCACCUCUUGACUGCCUUAAUAGACUCCUGCCAGCGGCCACUCUUUUAGAAGACCAGGAGUUACAGUGGCCUCUUCAUGGAGGGCCAGAACUGAUUGAUCCUGCUGGUGUGCCAUUACCUCAGCCAGCCCAGUCCUGGGUGUGGCUUGUUGAUCUGGAAAGAACAAUUGCUCUUCUUAUUGGACGAUGUCUUGGUGGCAUGCUUCAGGGUUCGCCUGUGUCUCCAGAGGAACAGGACACUGCAUAUUGGAUGAAAACACCACUUUUUAGUGAUGGUGUAGAAAUGGAUACCCCUCAGUUAGAUAAAUGUAUGAGUUGCCUAUUAGAAGUAGCUCUUUCGGGAAAUGAAGAACAGAAGCCUUUUGAUUACAAAUUGCGGCCUGAAAUUGCUGUCUAUGUAGACUUGGCAUUGGGUUGUUCAAAAGAGCCUGCUCGAAGCCUUUGGAUCAGCAUGCAGGAUUAUGCUAUUAGUAAAGAUUGGGACAGUGCAACUUUAAGUAAUGAGUCACUCUUGGACACUGUGUCUAGAUUUGUUCUUGCAGCUCUUCUGAAACACACAAAUUUACUCAGUCAAGCAUGUGGAGAAAGCCGAUAUCAACCUGGUAAAAGCUUAUCAGAAGUGUACCGUUGUGUGUACAAAGUUCGAAGUCGUUUACUUGCUUGCAAGAACCUUGAACUUAUUCAGACCAGGUCAUCAUCAAGAGACAGAUGGAUCUCAGAAAACCAAGACUCUGCAGAUGUUGAUCCUCAGGAGCAUUCAUUCACCCGGACCAUUGAUGAAGAAGCUGAAAUGGAAGAACAGGCUGAGCGAGACAGGGAAGAGGGGCAUCCAGAGCCGGAGGAUGAGGAGGAAGAACGGGAACACGAAGUGAUGACAGCUGGCAACCUUGUUUUUGUGUUACAUGUUCCAGAAAUCUUUCAGUGUUUCCUCUCAGCCCGUGAAGUAGCUCGUAGCCGAGAUCGAGAUAGAAUGAACAGUGGGGCAGGGUCUGGGGCUCGAGCUGAUGAUCCACCUCCUCAGUCUCAGCAAGAGCGAAGGGUCAGCACAGACCUUCCUGAGGGUCAGGAUGUGUACACUGCUGCCUGCAACUCCGUGAUCCAUCGAUGUGCCCUGUUAAUAUUAGGAGUCAGUCCUGUGAUUGAUGAGCUUCAGAAGCGAAGGGAAGAAGGACAGUUGCAGCAGCCUUCCACAAGUGCCUCUGAAGUGGGUGGACUUAUGACCAGGAGUGAAAGUCUUACUGCAGAGAGCCGGCUAAUCCACGCAAGUCCAAAUUAUAGACUGAUCAAAUCGAGGAGUGAAUCUGAUUUGUCUCAGCCUGAAUCAGAUGAAGAGGGUUACGCACUGAGUGGAAGACGAAAUGUUGAUUUGGACUUGGCAUCAUCUCAUAGAAAGAGAGAUGUCAUAAGCCAUAACAUGCCUAUCUUCAGUUGGUCAGAUGCACCUACCAAGUCUGAGAACUUUUUGGAGCCAUUCAGGUGUUCUGAUUCUGACUUGAGCUAUGAAGGACAAGCAGAUGUCCAGCCAAUGUAUUUACUCCUUUUUGGCCAGUUGAGCCCCAGAAAAAAGAAGAGCUUCAAGCAAGUACAUGAUGGUCCUAUGCAUAAUCAUUUGGAAACCCUGAGCGACUCUUGGGCGCGCCUGAAACAUAACAGAGACUGGUUGUGCAACUCCUCUAACUCCUUUGAGUCUGAUUUUGAUCUUACCAAGUCUUUGGGAGUUCACACUUUGAUUGAAAAUGUUGUAAGCUUUGUGAGUGGAGAUGUGGGGAAUGCCCCAGGUUUUAAAGAGCCAGAGGAAAGUAUGUCUACAAGUCCCCAGGCCUCCAUCAUUGCAAUGGAACAGCAACAGUUAAGGGCAGAACUUCGUUUAGAGGCACUUCAUCAGAUCCUUGUACUGUUGUCUGGAAUGGAAGAAAAAGGUAACAUCUCUCUGACAGGAAGCAGAUCAAGCUCAGGUUUCCAGUCAUCCACUCUGCUCACAUCUGUGAGGCUGCAGUUUCUGGCAGGGUGUUUCGGUUUAGGCACUGAUGGACACGCAGGAGCCAAAGGAGAGAGUGGCCGAUUGCAUCACUAUCAGGAUGGGAUCAGAGCAGCUAAGAGAAAUAUUCAGAUUGAAAUCCAGAUGGCUGUGCAUAAGAUUUAUCAACAAUUGUCUGCUACUCUGGAGAGAGCCCUGCAAGCAAACAAGCAUCACAUUGAAGCCCAGCAGCGUCUCCUUUUGGUUACAGUUUUUGCCCUGAGUGUUCACUAUCAACCAGUAGAUGUUUCUUUGGCGAUUUCCACGGGUCUGCUAAAUGUAUUGUCGCAGUUAUGUGGCACAAACACCAUGCUAGGACAACCUCUUCAGUUGUUGCCAAAAACGGGUGUUUCCCAACUAAGCACAGCUUUAAAAGUGGCUAGUACAAGAUUGCUCCAGAUUCUAGCCAUCACUACAGGGACCUAUGCUGAUAAACUGAGCCCCAAGGUAGUUCAAUCUUUGUUGGAUCUACUCUGUAGUCAGUUGAAAAAUUUGUUGUCCCAGGCCGGUGUACUACUUAUGGCCUCUUUUGGAGAAGGAGAAGAGGAUGAAGAAGAAAAGAAAAUUGACUCUAGUGGAGAAACUGAGAAGAGAGACUUCAGAGCUGCUCUUAGGAAACAACGUGCAGCCGAACUGCAUCUGGGGGAUUUUCUAGUUUUUCUUCGCAGAGUUGUAUCUUCAAAAGCAAUUCAGUCAAAAAUGGCUUCCCCAAAGUGGACAGAGGUGCUUUUAAAUAUAGCAUCUCAGAAAUGUUCUUCAGGAAUUCCUCUAGUUGGUAACUUAAGAACGAGGCUCCUUGCACUUCACGUCCUUGAGGCUGUGCUACCAGCUUGUGAAUCUGGUGUAGAAGAUGAUCAAAUGGCCCAGGUUGUUGAACGUCUGUUUUCCCUCCUGUCGGAUUGUAUGUGGGAGACACCCAUUGCUCAGGCCAAAUAUGCUAUUCAGAUAAAGGAAAAAGAACAAGAAAUAAAAUUACAGAAGCAGGGAGAGUUGGAGGAGGAAGAUGAGAAUCUUCCUAUACAAGAAGUGUCCUUUGACCCAGAGAAAGCUCAGUGUUGCAUAGUGGAGAACGGACAGAUUUUAACUCAUGGCAGUGGAGGAAAAGGAUAUGGAUUGGCAUCAACUGGAGUAACUUCUGGGUGCUAUCAGUGGAAGUUCUACAUUGUGAAGGAAAACAGAGGUAAUGAAGGCACCUGUGUUGGGGUUUCUCGCUGGCCCGUGCAUGACUUUAACCACCGUACCACCUCGGAUAUGUGGCUCUACCGGGCCUACAGUGGUAACCUCUAUCACAAUGGAGAACAGGCUCUGACGUUGUCCAGCUUUACUCAAGGAGAUUUCAUUACCUGUGUGUUAGACAUGGAAGCCAGGACCAUCUCCUUUGGGAAAAAUGGAGAGGAACCCAAAUUAGCUUUUGAAGAUGUGGAUGCAGCAGAGUUGUACCCAUGCAUAAUGUUCUAUAGUAGCAACCCAGGGGAAAAGGUGAAAAUUUGUGAUAUGCAGAUGCGUGGCACACCACGAGACUUACUUCCAGGAGACCCCAUUUGUAGUCCAGUAGCAGCAGUGCUGGCAGAGGCCACUAUUCAGCUUAUUCGUAUCCUUCAUCGAACAGACCGUUGGACUUACUGCAUUAACAAAAAAAUGAUGGAAAGGCUGCACAAAAUUAAGAUAUGUAUUAAAGAUUCAGGUCAGAAGCUAAAGAAAAGCCGCUCGGUUCAAAGCCGAGAGGAAAAUGAAAUGAGAGAGGAGAAGGAGAGCAAAGAGGAAGAGAAAGGUAAACACAAUAGACAUGGCCUUGCUGACCUGUCAGAGCCGCAGCUGAGGACCCUUUGCAUAGAGGUAUGGCCUGUGCUGGCAGUGAUAGGAGGAGUUGAUGCUGGUCUUAGAGUUGGAGGUCGGUGUGUUCACAAGCAAACUGGGCGCCAUGCCACGCUGCUGGGAAUGGUCAAGGAGGGCAGCACGUCUGCCAAAGUCCAAUGGGAUGAAGCAGAAAUUACCAUCAGCUUCCCAACUUUUUGGUCGCCUAGUGAUACUCCAUUGUAUAAUCUGGAACCCUGUGAACCGCUUCCUUUUGACGUGGCACGAUUUCGAGGCCUGACGGCUUCUGUGUUGCUGGACCUCACAUAUCUGACUGGCAUUCACGAAGACAUGGGCAAACAGAGCACCAAGCGACAUGAAAAGAAACACCGACAUGAGUCUGAGGAGAAAGGGGAUGUUGAGCAGAAAAUUGAGAGUGAAUCUGCUUUAGAUACACGAACAGGCUUAACAUCUGAUGAUGUUAAAAGUCAGGGUACCACAAGCUCCAAAUCAGAAAACGAAAUAGCUUCAUUUUCUUUAGAUUCAACAGUGCCAGGUGUGGAAUCCCAACAUCAAAUAACAGAAGGAAAAAGAAAAAAUCACGAACACAUAUCCAAAAACCAUGACAUAGCCCAGUCAGAAAUCAGAGCAGUCCAGCUGUCCUAUCUCUACCUCGGUGCUAUGAAAUCACUUAGUGCUCUUCUUGGCUGUAGUAAAUAUGCUGAACUGUUGCUGAUACCAAAAGUUCUGGCUGAAAAUGGCCACAACUCAGACUGUGCGAGCUCUCCAGUUGUUCAUGAAGACGUGGAGAUGCGUGCAGCCCUUCAGUUCUUGAUGCGCCACAUGGUGAAACGAGCAGUCAUGCGGUCACCCAUAAAGAGAGCACUGGGAUUAGCAGAUCUGGAACGAGCUCAAGCCAUGAUCUAUAAGUUAGUGGUCCAUGGGCUUUUGGAAGACCAGUUUGGGGGCAAAAUUAAGCAAGAGAUUGAUCAACAAGCUGAAGAAAGUGACCAAGCCCAACAGGCACAGACGCCAGUUACCACUAGCCCAUCAGCCUCGAGUACAACAUCCUUUAUGAGCAGCUCACUGGAGGACACCACAACUGCCACCACUCCAGUCACUGACACAGAAACGGUGCCUGCAUCUGAGUCCCCAGGAGUGAUGCCACUUAGUCUUCUCAGGCAAAUGUUCUCUAGUUACCCAACUACCACUGUACUUCCCACACGUCGUGCACAGACUCCUCCAAUAUCAUCAUUACCCACCUCUCCUUCUGAUGAAGUAGGAAGGAGGCAAAGCUUAACUUCUCCUGAUUCCCAGUCAGCAAGGCCAGCUAACCGCACAGCCUUGUCAGACCCAAGCAGUAGACUUUCAACUUCUCCUCCUCCUCCAGCAAUUGCAGUACCCUUGCUGGAAAUGGGGUUCUCUCUCCGGCAGAUUGCGAAAGCCAUGGAAGCCACAGGUGCUCGAGGAGAGGCUGAUGCCCAGAACAUCACUGUCCUUGCCAUGUGGAUGAUAGAGCACCCUGGGCAUGAGGAUGAGGAGGAGCCCCAGUCAGGCAGCACAGCCGACUCAAGGCACGGAGCCGCAGUUGUAGGCAGUGGUGGGAAGUCAAAUGAUCCCUGCUAUUUGCAGUCACCUGGAGACAUACCAUCAGCUGAUGCUGCUGAAAUGGAGGAAGGCUUUAGUGAAAGCCCUGAUAAUCUGGAUCAUGUAGAGAAUGCAGCUUCUGGAAGUGGACCACCCGCUAGGGGUCGCUCAGCAGUUACAAGAAGGCACAAGUUUGAUUUAGCUGCUCGAACAUUGCUAGCAAGAGCAGCGGGGUUAUACCGCUCUGUGCAGGCCCAUAGGAAUCAAAGUCGGAGAGAAGGAAUAUCUUUGCAACAAGACCCAGGGGCAUUGUAUGACUUUAAUUUAGAUGAGGAAUUGGAAAUUGAUCUUGAUGAUGAAGCGAUGGAAGCUAUGUUUGGACAAGACCUGACCAGUGACAACGAUAUUCUGGGAAUGUGGAUCCCAGAGGUACUGGAUUGGCCUACCUGGCAUGUUUGUGAGUCUGAAGACAGGGAAGAAGUGGUGGUAUGUGAACUGUGUGAGUGCAGUGUCGUCAGCUUCAAUCAGCACAUGAAGAGAAAUCACCCAGGCUGUGGGCGCAGUGCAAACCGCCAGGGCUAUCGCAGCAACGGCUCCUAUGUGGAUGGCUGGUUCGGUGGUGAAUGUGGGAGUGGAAAUCCAUACUACCUGCUAUGUGGCAGCUGCAGGGAAAAGUACUUAGCCCUGAAGACCAAAUCCAAGGCAACAAGUUCUGAAAGGUACAAGGGACAAGCUCCAGAUCUAAUUGGCAAGCAGGACAGUGUGUAUGAAGAAGACUGGGACAUGUUGGACGUUGAUGAAGAGGAAAAGCUAACAGGUGAAGAAGAGUUUGAAUUACUCGCUGGACCACUUGGUUUAAACGACCGCCGCAUUGUACCAGAACCAGUUCAGUUCCCUGACAGUGAUCCAUUGGGAGCAUCAGUAGCAAUGGUAACAGCAACCAACAGUAUGGAAGAGACUCUGAUGCAAAUAGGUUGCCAUGGCUCUGUAGAAAAGAGUUCCUCCGGGAGAAUAACAUUAGGUGAACAGGCAGCUGCCUUAGCAAACCCUCAUGACCGGGUGGUGGCUUUAAGGAGAGUGACUGCUGCUGCUCAGGUUCUUCUGGCCAGAACCAUGGUCAUGAGAGCUCUGUCUCUUCUCUCAGUCAGUGGUUCCAGUUGUAGCCUGGCUGCUGGUCUUGAAUCUCUGGGGCUUACAGAUAUCCGAACGUUGGUUCGAUUAAUGUGCUUGGCUGCAGCAGGGAGAGCUGGCCUCUCCACCAGCCCUUCCGCCAUGGCAAGCACUUCAGAACGCUCACGAGGUGGGCACAGCAAGGCCAACAAGCCCAUUUCUUGCCUGGCCUAUCUGAGCACAGCAGUGGGAUGUCUAGCAUCAAACACUCCUAGUGCUGCAAAACUCCUGGUGCAGUUGUGUACACAGAACUUGAUUUCUGCUGCAACAGGGGUAAAUCUAACCACGGUCGAUGAUCCAAUUCAGCGAAAGUUUCUACCUAGCUUUCUCCGAGGAAUUGCUGAAGAGAAUAAGCUUGUAACCUCCCCAAAUUUUGUUGUAACUCAGGCCCUUGUGGCAUUACUAGCAGACAAAGGGGCCAAACUAAGACCUAAUUAUGAUAAGUCAGAAGUUGAAAAGAAAGGCCCUCUGGAGCUGGCUAACGCCCUGGCAGCCUGCUGCCUCUCCUCCAGGCUAUCCUCACAGCAUAGGCAAUGGGCUGCGCAACAGCUUGUGCGCACUCUUGCUGCACAUGACCGUGACAACCAAACUACUCCACAAACACUCGCUGAUAUGGGAGGAGAUCUCAGAAAAUGCUCCUUUAUCAAGUUGGAGGCUCAUCAAAACAGAGUAAUGACUUGUGUUUGGUGUAAUAAAAAAGGACUCUUGGCUACAAGUGGCAAUGAUGGCACCAUCCGGGUGUGGAAUGUCACCAAGAAGCAGUAUUCACUGCAACAGACCUGUGUGUUCAACAGAUUGGAAGGUGAUGCUGAGGAAAGCCUGGGAUCACCUAGUGAUCCAAGUUUCUCACCUGUUUCCUGGAGUAUCAGUGGCAAAUAUCUAGCUGGGGCUUUGGAAAAGAUGGUGAAUAUCUGGCAAGUUAAUGGAGGAAAAGGGUUAGUAGAUAUUCAGCCUCACUGGGUCUCUGCCCUGGCUUGGCCAGAAGAGGGUCCAUCCUCAGCCUGGUCAGGAGAAUCUCCAGAAUUAUUGUUGGUGGGACGGAUGGAUGGUUCUCUAGGACUGAUUGAAGUUGUUGAUGUAUCCACCAUGCACCGUCGAGAAUUGGAGCAUUGCUAUCGAAAGGAUGUGUCUGUAACUUGCAUUGCUUGGUUCAGUGAAGACAGACCAUUUGCAGUGGGAUAUUUUGACGGAAAAUUGUUAUUGGGAACAAAGGAACCGCUUGAGAAAGGAGGCAUUGUUCUAAUUGAUGCACAUAAGGACACCCUUACUAGUAUGAAGUGGGACCCAACAGGUCAUAUUCUUAUGACAUGUGCCAAAGAAGAAAAUGUGAAACUCUGGGGGCCUAUUGCAGGAUGCUGGCGCUGUCUACAUUCACUCUGCCAUCCAUCUAUUGUAAAUGGCAUUGCUUGGUGCAGCCUUCCAGGGAAAGGAUCCAAGUUGCAUUUACUGAUGGCCAGUGGCUGUCAGAGUGGCUUAGUAUGUGUUUGGCGUAUUCCACAAGAUACCACACAGACCAGUGUGACUAGUUCAGAAGGAUGGUGGGACCAGGAAUCAAAUUGCCAGGAUGGAUAUAGGAAAUCAGUCGGAGCCAAGUGUGUUUAUCAAUUGCGAGGACACAUCACCCCUGUCCGGACCGUUGCCUUUAGUUCUGAUGGGUUGGCCCUGGUGUCUGGUGGUUUAGGUGGCCUCAUGAACAUUUGGUCUUUAAGGGAUGGCUCUGUCUUGCAAACUGUUGUGAUUGGCUCUGGAGCUAUUCAGACCACAGUAUGGAUUCCAGAUGUUGGGGUAGCUGCUUGCUCAAAUAGAUCAAAGGAUGUUUUGGUCGUGAAUUGUACAGCAGAAUGGGCUGCUGCCAAUCAUGUUUUAGCAACCUGUAGGACAGCACUGAAACAACAGGGUGUUCUGGGAUUAAACAUGGCUCCCUGCAUGAGAGCAUUUCUGGAGCGGCUGCCCGUGAUGCUUCAGGAGCAGUAUGCCUAUGAAAAGCCUCAUGUGGUUUGUGGUGACCAGCUUGUUCACAGCCCCUAUAUGCAAUGUCUGGCUUCCCUUGCUGUGGGACUUCAUCUGGAUCAGCUGCUGUGUGAUCCUCCAGUGCCACCACACCACCAGAACUGCCUCCCUGACCCUGCAUCGUGGAAUCCAAAUGAGUGGGCCUGGUUAGAAUGUUUCUCAACCACCAUAAAAGCUGCUGAAGCCCUGACCAAUGGAGCACAGUUUCCAGAAUCUUUUACUGUUCCUGAUCUAGAGCCUGUUCCAGAGGAUGAACUUGUACUCCUAAUGGAUAACAGUAAAUGGAUUAAUGGCAUGGAUGAACAAAUUAUGUCUUGGGCAACUUCCAGACCUGAGGACUGGCACCUGGGAGGUAAAUGUGAUGUCUACCUGUGGGGUGCUGGCAGGCAUGGACAGCUGGCAGAAGCUGGAAGAAAUGUAAUGGUACCUGCAGCAGCUCCCUCAUUCUCACAGGCCCAACAGGUUAUAUGUGGUCAGAAUUGUACCUUUGUCAUACAGGCCAAUGGCACAGUGUUGGCUUGUGGGGAAGGAAGUUAUGGCAGAUUAGGACAAGGAAAUUCAGAUGACCUUCAUGUGCUGACAGUUAUUUCAGCCUUACAAGGCUUUGUGGUGACCCAGCUGGUGACUUCCUGUGGUUCUGAUGGACACUCCAUGGCCCUGACUGAAAGUGGUGAGGUCUUUAGCUGGGGAGAUGGUGAUUAUGGCAAACUCGGCCAUGGGAACAGCGACAGGCAGCGGCGGCCCAGGCAGAUCGAGGCCUUACAGGGAGAGGAAGUGGUGCAGAUGUCUUGUGGCUUCAAACAUUCAGCAGUGGUAACAUCAGAUGGCAAACUGUUUACCUUUGGGAAUGGUGACUACGGUCGUCUGGGUCUUGGAAACACUUCUAACAAAAAACUUCCAGAGAGAGUGACUGUACUGGAGGGGUAUCAGAUUGGACAGGUGGCUUGUGGCUUAAACCAUACUUUGGCAGUGUCAGCAGAUGGCUCCAUGGUGUGGGCUUUUGGAGAUGGGGACUAUGGAAAACUAGGCUUAGGAAAUUCCACUGCAAAAUCUUCACCUCAGAAAGUUGAUGUCCUUUGUGGAAUUGGAAUAAAAAAGGUUGCGUGUGGAACUCAGUUUUCUGUUGCAUUGACCAAAGAUGGUCACGUGUAUACCUUUGGUCAAGAUCGCUUGAUAGGCUUGCCAGAAGGGCGUGCUCGCAAUCACAAUCGACCACAGCAAAUCCCUGUCCUGGCUGGAGUGGUCAUUGAAGAUGUGGCAGUUGGAGCUGAACACACACUUGCUUUGGCAUCAACUGGAGAUGUGUAUGCCUGGGGGAGCAAUUCAGAGGGGCAGCUUGGCUUAGGCCACACCAACCACGUUCGAGAACCAACCCUGGUAACAGUUCUGCAAGGGAAAAACGUUCGGCAGAUCUCGGCCGGUCGCUGCCACAGUGCUGCGUGGACAGCGCCACCUGUCCCACCAAGAGCACCAGGUGUGUCAGUGCCUCUGCAGCUGGGCCUGCCCGAUGCAGUGCCCCCCCAGUACGGGGCGCUGAGGGAGGUGAGCAUUCACACCGCGAGGGCCAGGCUCCGGCUGCUUUACCACUUCUCCGACCUCAUGUACUCAUCCUGGAGGCUACUGAACCUGAGCCCCAACAAUCAGAAUAGUACGUCUCAUUAUAAUGCUGGAACAUGGGGCAUUGUGCAGGGACAGCUCCGACCUUUGUUAGCCCCAAGAGUCUACACCCUCCCGAUGGUGCGCUCUAUAGGAAAAACCAUGGUUCAAGGCAAAAACUAUGGACCUCAAAUUACUGUAAAGAGGAUAUCAACCAGAGGAAGGAAGUGUAAACCCAUCUUUGUUCAAAUAGCAAGACAAGUAGUUAAACUGAAUGCAUCAGACCUCCGUCUGCCAUCCCGAGCCUGGAAGGUUAAGCUGGUCGGAGAAGGGGCUGAUGAUGCUGGAGGAGUGUUCGAUGACACGAUCACAGAGAUGUGCCAGGAACUUGAAACUGGUAUUGUUGACCUUCUUAUACCCUCUCCCAAUGCUACCGCAGAAGUGGGUUACAAUAGGGACAGGUUCCUUUUUAACCCUUCUGCCUGCCUCGAUGAACACUUAAUGCAGUUUAAGUUCUUGGGAAUUUUAAUGGGGGUUGCCAUUCGCACAAAGAAGCCUCUGGACCUCCACUUAGCCCCUCUGGUGUGGAAGCAGCUGUGCUGCGUCCCACUCACCCUGGAAGACCUGGAGGAGGUGGAUCUGCUCUAUGUGCAGACUCUCAACAGCAUUCUUCACAUUGAAGACAGUGGGAUUACCGAGGAGAGUUUCCAUGAGAUGAUUCCUCUUGAUUCUUUUGUUGGCCAGAGCGCUGAUGGCAAAAUGGUUCCUAUAAUCCCUGGUGGAAAUAGUAUCCCACUCACGUUUUCUAAUAGGAAGGAGUAUGUGGAGAGGGCCAUUGAAUAUCGACUUCAUGAAAUGGACCGACAGGUGGCUGCGGUCCGAGAAGGGAUGUCCUGGAUCGUCCCCGUGCCACUGCUGUCCCUCCUCACGGCAAAGCAGCUGGAGCAGAUGGUGUGCGGGAUGCCCGAGAUCUCUGUAGAAGUCUUGAAGAAAGUGGUGCGGUACCGGGAGGUGGAUGAGCAGCACCAGCUGGUGCAGUGGUUCUGGCACACGCUGGAGGAGUUCUCCAACGAGGAGCGGGUGCUUUUCAUGAGGUUUGUGUCUGGAAGGUCUCGACUACCAGCCAACACUGCUGAUAUCUCUCAGAGAUUUCAGAUCAUGAAGGUUGAUAGGCCUUACGACAGUCUGCCUACCUCACAGACCUGCUUCUUCCAGCUGAGACUGCCGCCCUACUCCAGCCAGCUGGUCAUGGCUGAGCGCCUGCGCUACGCCAUCAACAACUGCCGCUCAAUCGACAUGGACAACUACAUGCUCUCGCGAAACGUGGACAACGCUGAGGGCUCCGACACUGACUACUGACCACCCAGGGUGCCGUCGCCCCUCCUUCUUCUCAGUAAUGCUCACUUCCAACUUAAUGCUGAUACACUUUUAUGGUAACUAAUAGAUGUUUUAGGAACAUAAACCGACAUUAUAAACAGUGGCCACAUUUAGUUACUCUAAAUGUAACAAAGAAAUUAGAUGUUUUUAUUUUUCUGUGAUUGUACAAAAAAAAGACAAAGUGCUCUAAGUCAGGUUUUUCCCUCCAUAUUUGUGGUCACUUUUGAUAAGUUUGCAUGGAACCAUUUCGGUGCAUUUUUAGUUGGGAAUGGUACAUUUUUGUAAACCCACCCAGUGAACAUGAAAUUGUACAUUGUGUAUAAUUGUUCAUUAGAAAGGACAGUUUUACAUGAAUAUUCAUAUAUUUAUUUUGUUUUAAUUUGAAUUGCCUGUGCAGGGUUCCUUAUGCAGAGAAAUAAAGCCAAUUCAGGAAUCAG